AUGGAUGGAUACCAGCACCGACUCGCAUCCACACUGCAAGACCGCCAGGAUCACAUGCUCGUACGACGCUCAACGGAAAUGAACCACGACGGUGCUAAAUCUCUGCCCUCGCCCGCUGUCAUGACUUUGGAAACUCGGCCGAUUUCUCCACCCUUUUCAUCCAGUCAACUCGGGCCCUUGCCGUCGCUAAACCUUCACCACAAGCCUCGCGACUCCCCGACUUUGGCCUCAUUCUCCGAUAUACCCAGCAACGAGUUGGCUCCCAUCGCCCUCGACCGUCAUCGUUGCUCCCUGUCCCCCAUCGGAAGUCAGAACAGCGCCCCUAUCCUACCUCCCAUUGCGACGCUCACCCAGUCUCUAGAGCCCCUCCGCCUGAGGACACCGUCGCAGCCACAGACGUCGCCGCCCGUCCAGGAACAGAGACGACCAUCGCCGCCGAGGUUGACGAGCUGGCCAACCGGUAACCCGCUGACGACGUAUUACACACCCAGUCAUGCACAGGCUGCCGAAUCGCCUGCAAGGAUGGAUGUGGACAUGAGCACUACGCCACGGGCUGGUAGCGUCAGCCUUGACGACCCAGACGUCCGUAUGGCUGCUGAAGCAUUGGGGGACUUGCGCGCUGACUUUGUUUCGACACCGAAACAACCGGCGCAAUCGCAAAGACCACAACAAGAACCGAUACUUCAACUCCUGACGACUUCGCAUCCCCUGCUAGCCAAGACGAUAGAAGGCACGACGACAGCGUACAACACCUCAAAGAACUAUUCGCCACGGUUCAAGUCGGGAGCAGAAUACGUCGAGGGGUAUUUGACUCCCAUUGGUAACACACUGGGGUCGGUUGGUCGGGUGACGGGCGUCGAAGGCGGUGUGAGAUGGUUUCUCAAAGGAUCGGCACGACGGCAACCAUCUUCGUCGGAUCUUGAGUCGGGGGAAAGUUCGCGCAGCAAGAGGAGGAGGAUGAUGCCGUCUGGAGACGAAGAGACGGAGUAUGCUGAGGAUCGAAGGGGUAUCAUGUCACCGCCACCGCCGCCGUCCAACAUGGAGUUUGACCCAUUUGCCUACCGCAGCAAAGAGCGUCGCAUGUCGAUGAGCACGGUGGACAGUCUCCCGGCCUAUGACGAUGCAAAAUCACCCGCAUACACCGAAGCCGCUGGCGAUGACCAGCGCUCCCCGGUGCCCCGUAGCCCCGCAUGGCAGUCGCGCUUGAUCAUGUCUACGUCUGGUCUCAGCAUCGCCAUGUCUGAAGAGUCUCUGCGCAGCCUCAAGUAUUGUCUGCAGUGGCUGCGCUGGGCCAACGACCGUAUUGCCAAUGCCAUUGGUGCUCUCAAGGUCACUCUGGAACAGUUUGAGCGUCACCCCGAGACCGGAGAGGUUACUUCGAAACAGGUCACGAUCGAAAUCCCUAUCGAUGGGGCAAUGGUGGUCGACGAGUCGAGGCCGAAUGAAGCUCCAGAGCGAAGGUCCAACGAGGAACUAGGCCAGCGGGUUGCGGCACUCAAGUCGGACGUUCUCAAGACGCUUCGCGCCGUCAUCGAGACGGUCAGCAAAUACGCCGGUGGUGCGCUCCCCGACAACGCGCGGGUGCUCGUCAAGCGGCACCUGACCAGCCUGCCUCAGCGCUUCAAGCUGGCCAGCCAAGCGGACCAGUCUUCGGCCGGGCCCUCAUCCAGCGGCAGCAACAGCGAAAAGGAUGUCCGCGAGGGCGCGCAACGCGUCUUGGUGCUGGCGCAGGAGGGUCUCGACAUGAUGGCCCAGGUCAGCGGUGUGCUAGACGGAACAAUCGUCAGUGCCGAGGAGUGGUGCGCCCGUCUCGGCAAGAAGAAGCAGGAUGAGAGGGCUGCGUUGACUGGUGCUGCCAGUCAACCAGAGAAGCCAUUGGAGCCCCUCACCAGCGUUGGGAUCGACGGAGAUGUCAAGAUGGGAUAG